GGCCCAGUCCCGUCGGCCCCUGCGGCCCGCUUGCCGUUGCCGUGGAAACGAAACCGGACAAGGCGCGCUCUGUCCUGGCGCGCCGGUUCCGGUGGGCUCGUGUCAGCUACGCCGCUGUGGAUUACGAUGCUUAAGGCUAAGAUCCUCUUCGUGGGGCCUUGCGAGAGCGGAAAAACUGUUUUGGCCAACUUUCUGACAGAAUCUUCUGACAUCACCGAAUACAGCCCAACCCAAGGAGUGAGGAUCCUGGAAUUCGAGAACCCACAUGUUACCAGCAACAACAAAGGCACAGGCUGUGAAUUCGAGCUGUGGGACUGUGGUGGAGAUCCUAAGUUCGAGUCCUGCUGGCCAGCCCUGAUGAAGGAUGCCCAUGGAGUGGUGAUCGUUUUCAAUGCUGACAUCCCAAGCCACCGGAAGGAAAUGGAAAUGUGGUAUUCCUGUUUCGUCCAGCAGCAGUCCUUACAGGACACACAGUGCAUGCUAAUUGCGCACCACAAACCAGGCUCUGGAGAUGACAAAGGAAGCCUGUCUUUGUCGCCACCCUUGAACAAGCUGAAGCUGGUGCACUCGAACCUGGAGGAUGACCCUGAGGAGAUCCGGAUGGAAUUCAUUAAGUAUUUAAAAAGCAUCAUCAACUCCAUGUCUGAGAGCAGAGACCGGGAGGAGAUGUCAAUCAUGACCUAGCCAGCCUCCACCUGGGGCUGCCACAGCUCUAGUGAAAUCAGCGUCUUUCUUGGUACAGAUCUGAAAUUGCAUCCAGCUCCUGAUGUUUUCUUCUCCCUGUGACUGCAGAGGAAGUGUUUCUACCUGCAGGAAGGCCCCAGUCAUGCUCAGACUGCUCUGUCCUGAGUUCAGCUGAGAAAAUCCUAUCAUCGAAUUCUGAUUUCCUGGCCCCAGAACUUCCCAAAGAGCUGUAAAGUGGAGAGAUUUUCCACCUUCACAAGUGUCCGCUUACAGAGUUUGUGGAAUUGUAGCUGUCGUAGCCCAAGGAUACAACAGUAGUUCAAUCCACGUG